GUCUUUUUUGGCUCUCUUCCGGUCGGCUAGCCGCCCGCUCCACCUGUUCUCAGUGUCUCGUUUGCCUGGUGUGGGGGUCUGUUCUCGCCGCGUGGUCGUUUCGUCGCUCGAGGGGUGCUUCCCCCGCUUGCUGUCGGGUAGUAACGACCUGACGUGCUACGGGGAGAAGGCCUGAGCCGACCCGGGGGUCCUCGCGCGUGCAGCUUGGCAGCCUGGCGGCCCGGCGCCCUCCCCUGCUCCCGGCCCGCACGGAGGCCACCGACUCCUCUUCGGACGAAGGUGGCCUCCGAGGGCAAGUGGUCCGGGCCCAGCGCUUUCGGUUCUCGCAGGGGCCGGGUCUGGGAGAUGAGGGGGGCGCCAUACUGGAGGUGUGCGUCCCGCAGGUCCUGCAUCUUCAAUAUGGAAUGUAUGUUUGGCCCUGUGCUGUGGUCCUGGCCCAGUACUUGUGGUUUCACAGAGGAUCUCUGCCAGGCAAGGCUGUCUUAGAGAUUGGUGCUGGAGUGAGCCUUCCAGGAAUUGUGGCUGCAAAAUGUGGUGCUGAAGUUACACUGUCAGACAGUUCAGAGUUGCCUCACUGCCUAGAAAUCUGUCAGCAAAGCUGCCAAAUGAAUAAUCUGCCUCAAGUCCAUGUUGUAGGACUCACCUGGGGUCAUGUAUCUCGGGAUCUUCUGGCUCUACCACCACAAGACAUUAUUCUUGCAUCUGAUGUAUUCUUUGAACCAGAAGACUUUGAGGACAUUCUAACUACCGUUUACUUUUUGAUGCAGAAGAACCCCAAAGUGAAAUUAUGGUCUACUUAUCAGGUAAGAAGUGCUGACUGGUCACUUGAAGCUUUGCUCUACAAGUGGGACAUGAAAUGUGUCCAUAUUCCUCUGGAGUCUUUUGGUGCAGACAAAGAAGAUAUAGCAGAAUCUGCCCUUCCAGGAAGACAUACUGUUGAAAUGCUGGUCAUCUCCUUUGCAAAGGACAAUCUGAAUUACACCUAAAAACUGUUUCGGGACAAUGUCAAUACUGCUCAGAAACCUGGCAAGCCAACUAUGUGACUCAGACCACUUCAGCUUCUUGAGUACAGUGGGUUUGAAGAUGGUCAGAUCUGCUGGCUUUAGAUUGAUGGGUCACAUAACCAUUAAGACAAAAAAUUAUAACUAUAAUAAAAAGGACCUGGAUUGUUCCUAAAUUAUUAAAAAUAGGGCAUAAAUUAGGUUAUAAGAAGGGGGUUAUUCAACUUUUAACAAAGUGCUACCUUAGAGCAUUGAGGAGAGUAGGUGCUGACCUGGCAUUUCCACUUUUUAACUUGGGGGGGGGGGGGGCGGGAAGUCAACUACCAAACAUUCACUUUCAUUCUAUACAGUCAGUAACAUUCACAAGAUAAUUGCACAGGUCUUUCAAAUAAAUGAGAGGGGAAAAAAGAUCAACACAUAUUCUGAGAAAAGCUAACACCAAGAAAACGUUUUAAUUAAACUACAGAAACAAUGGCUAUAGUACAGAAUAUUCAUGAGCAAAAAGAUACACCAUGUUAUAAGUACUUACAAAAUUACAAACCAUUUGUUUGCUUCCUUAACAUUUUCCAUAUUUUAAGUUCGUACAUGAAGAUGAUCAGAUUUACCAUUUUGGGGGGAAGAGGAAGAAAAAAAAAAAAA